CAAAUUAUUACUGCACAGCUCUCUCUAGCAAAACGGUUUGAAGAUCACCACCACCGUCCACCUGGGAGAUUUGAGCGAGAGAAGGAGAUGAGAAAGCGAUCCACGACUACGAGGAAGUCCAUGGCGGAGGACUAUCUGAAGACGCCGCCGAUUGCGGCAGUGGCGAGCCCUAACUUAUCCGUCAGCAAGUCUCCGAUGCCAUUCCAGUUCAAGUUCAGUGCGUUCGAUGCUACUUCACUGACGCCACCGCCAUCGUCGAAGAAGAGACGUGCGGGAGUGAGCUCUAAGCCGAUGCGGCUUUCUAAGUCACCUGUGUCGAUAAAAAGUUACAAGACGAUAGCCGAUCUUAGGAGCUUUGCGUCUUCCGGACUGGACUCCAUCAAGCGCCAGCUCGAUUGCUCGCACUCGGAGAUUCUCAAGGACAUUGAGGCCUCUCAUUCUCGUUUUUACAAGCGGCUCAAGAUCCAGACACAAGCUUGUGAAAAAACGGCAGAUGAAGCAGAGAGGGAACAUAAGAAAAUGUCUGAGAGGAUCAAUGAAGGUCGUGAGGCUAUGAAGGCUUCAUAUACUGAAUUCAUGGCAGAAGUGCACACCAAUGCAUCUCGCUUCUGCAAAACAUCCAUCCCUCAGCUUGUGCAAUCGGCAGAGAAAGCCAUUGACUCUCUUAGGAGCCGCUAUGGUGUCCCAUCAAACCUGGCAGGAAAUAUGCAAAUUUAGGGAUAUAGAGAACAUCAGGUGCAACUAUUCAGGCAGCAGUACAAAUUUUAGUACAUAAGGUACACGGAGUAUAUAUUUUACCAGCACAUUCUUACUUGUGGAACAUAGUAGACACUAGACACUUGAUUUCUGCUGUUUGCAUUUUGAUGAAUGAUGACUUGGAUAAUAUUGGAAAGGAAUCUACGAAUAUGGAGUUUUUAGUUUAGUGCAAUAUACCAUAUAUUACUUAAUAUGCUAACAUUGUGUAUCAAAAACUAAUUGUUUCAACUUUGAACUUCAAUUCAUUCAAAAAACUAUCUUCAUUUAAUGUUUUA